GAGAGCGUCGCGCGGGGCGGCUGCGGCGGCCUCUCCCAAGAUGGCGCUAGAGCGGCGACUGGCUUCCCUUGCCGCGCCUCUUCCCUUACGCUACUUCCGCCGAAGCAGUGGCGGGCGAAUUCAACGGCGAAGAGGAUCUUGAAGGGAAGCCGCCCGCAGGCCGCAAUGGCGGGAGGAGGCCGCGCAGGGCCCAGAAGGGCUCGCUCCGCUGGGGAGGCCCGGGCAGGUGAGCGGGGAGGGGUCACGUUACCAGAGGGCCGUUAUCAGCAGGGGCGGUGGGGGGCAAAGAGAGGAAGAGGCGCCCAUUUUGUGGGGGGCGGCAGUCGGUCAGGCCGUUUCCGUCUCUCCUUCAGCGCCCCUAGCCCCGCUCUUCCCUCCCUGUGGGGCGACCUUCAGGCCCCCUCGGCUGUGGGGUCCCGUUGGCUGGCGGCCUGGCUGCGCACGAAGGGGCCCCGCCUGGGAUCCUGCCCCCAGGACGUGCGUCUGUCUUGCCCGAGCCCAGCCCGCCUGGGGUGGCCGCUGUUGGUGCGGCGGCGGGAACGAGCAACAUCCAGAGCUGCCGCCCAGGGGGAUCGCGGGAGAUCUUGGCGGAUCCCCCCGGGGUUCGCUCCUGCUGAGCGCCCCUCUCUCUCGGUCCCUUUCUCGCAGGUGCUGUUAAUGCUGAUGCUGCUUCUCCCUCGCGGCGGCGCCGGUCGGAGAGGAUCGCGUCGCCCUCGGCUCAGCCCGUGUCGCAGGGGAAGCCGAGCCCGGUGGCGAGCAAAGUGCCAGGCGGCAAACUGGUGGGUGGAAACGUUUCUCCUGUUUUCCUGACUAGGCUGCGAGUAGGACAGGAAACGCCUCAGCCUGUGUGUUUUCCCUGGGUGCGCUCCUCCUGCUUGAACUUUGCUGCUGCUACUACCCGUGUGCUUUUUUGACAGCUGAUGUGCCUAGGGAAUUGUUAGCAAAAGGCUGGUGUUGGGGUUCUUUUGGACAGAAGGAGCAUAACACUUUCUACUAAGGUUCUUUUUCAGCACUCACUCCAAUUGUUACUUGUCUUCUCCACAGACAUCUGGACCAUUUGCAAUGCGGCCGGUCACUGUGAAAAAGAUCAUGCCACGAAAUCGGCAGGUACGUAGAGUUUCAGAGGCCUCGUGCCAUUUUCCGCUAGUGCAGAGAGCCAUCCAUGGAUUUUCUCUCCCCCCCACCGACCUUUAGCCUCUAACUUUUAGCCCCAGUUAAAGCCCAAACUGAAACGUAGUAUCCCCUUCAGAUUAAUUUUUUGUACUUACAUGCCACUCUAGGGUGACCAGAUGCAAAGAUAGUUAAAUCAAGUUUUCUGUUUUGAAAUUCACAAAUUUCCUUAGUAGUUAACUGGUUGCUCUAAGAAUUGGACUAUAACUCAACAUCUUUUGAAGAAUUGUACUGAAAGAAGACAUGCUGAAGCUUCUGAUGGAGGUUGGAAAAGCUGCUACCACCAAAAAACUCCCUGCUGCUUGUAGUUGUGUGAUACUCUGUCCUUCACACCUGCUCACCACUUCUUCUUUUCAUCUACACUUUGCUCUUAAAGAACAAGUAAAUCCAAAUACUGGCAAAAUGUUAAUGCUAUAGUGCAUCUACCUUAAUUUGAAGAUCAGGAGGGGACAUGCAGACCCUGGAUCAGACCCUGAAUGCAGUGUUGGUCUGGGCCAGUUAACUGAAUCUGAAUCCUGCCAAGAAAGAUGCCCUGUGGAAGAAUGGUUCCAUGUCUAAGAAAUAGUUCUGUUACCUGUUCUGGAUGAGAUUGCACUCCCUCUGAAGCAGGGAGGCAACCGCCUCAGGCGGCAUGAUCCACAGGAGCAGCAGUUCUGGCAGCAGAAUGCAUUUUCAUUUGGGUUUUCUUUUCCUUUUUCCAAACCAGAUAAAAGAAACAGCCUUAAUUCCUCGUCGGAGUCCAAGGGUAAGUCUCAAGCAUCAGGUUCUGUGAUUAACAGAAAGGCCACGCCUUUCCAUCAGGGCUGUGAACUUUAACUUGCCAAUGUUGGAGCAGGGAUGCUGUAAAUGACAGACACACUUGUUCCUAUUAUAAUUAUUAUUUUAAGCCUCUUUGAUUCUGGUGUGUCGCUGCACAAGGAAAUGAAAAAAGAGCUAUUUAAAGAUGAUCCCAACCCGCAAUGUGAUGGGUUGUUAAUUUACAAAUGAAUAUGGAUAUAUUUGAUACCUGAAAGGCACAUAACAUUGUUACUUUGGCUAUAUGCAAAUAGGCUUAACUUAAUUUAUUCCAAGACAGGUAGUUAAUCAUUUGGCAUUCUUGCUGGAGUAUUCUUUUCUUUUUCUUUUUUCUUUUUUUUAAUAUUAAUUUUUAUUGAAUGAUUUUAUGUUAAAAAAAAAUACAGCCAUACUACCACUAAAUAUAAUUAAGAAAUAAAAAUUACAUACAUCAAUAUUUAGUUUGUUAUUUGUUAUUUACCAUCUUAUUUCCUCCCAAACAUUGCAUACAAAAAGACUCAUAUAAAGUAUUCUUUUCAGCAUUAUUCAGCAUAGCGUGCUAAGUCUGCCACCUGCAGAAGCCUUUCCUAUUGAAGGUUAAGCUUGCAUCUUCUCUUACAGAAUUCAUUAAAAGAAGACAAGGAAAACAUUCCUCUGAGAGCCAUAGAGGUUGAAAACAUUCCUCUGAGAACCACAGAGGUUGAAAUUAAUGCCAAGGUGGAACUGAAGCCUUCUCCCCUGCACAGCUCUUUGCAUCCUGAGGCCGAGGCCUUACCGGCAGGCACUGACCUCCUGCCCCCAGUCAGUGCUGAUGACGAGCAAGAACUGGCCAGGCCAAAAAGAGUACGCCGGUCUUACAGCCGCCUGGAGAACCCCUUAAGCCACAGUUUCCUGGGGAGGCGACAAGAGUCUCCCAGCUCCGGCCUGUCGGACACUUCCACACCUACCCAUGGCCCAGUCAAGCGGCAAACACUUUUUGGCUUUGAUAAGCUUCUGGUUCCAGGUGAGCUCGCCAACAUCUCUCCUGUGAACACAGCUGUUCCCCAGAAGUCAACAGUGGCAGAACCUGGAGCCAUCAAUGAGAGAGACACAGACAUCCCAGGUAUCUCAUUUGUCAGGGAAAAACGAAGGAAGAAGAAGAUGCCACAAUUUGAUGUAAGUAUAACAUUUCAGAUGGAGUGUGGGAAGCAUGAAAGGGGGACAUAGCAUGGACAUUAAAGUCUGCACCAACUGGGCCCCUGGGGCUCCACUGCUGAAAAGAAAAGAGUCGCCUAACAUCACUGCAAUGUCAAGUGAUUGACAUGUGGGGGUCCCCACUCAUCUGUCAAAUUGGGCUUCCCAGGGAUUGGAGAGAUAAAGAUCUGGCCUUGUGGCUGAAAAAUAUUUCCCUACACCUGUGAUAAGUGUAACAUGGUCUUGUUGUAAGGCUCUCCACUAGAUAAUACACAGGAAGCCUUAUUGAGCACUUUAAAGUGCUAUAUCUAGUUAUUUGCUAUUGAAGUUGCACCAUGGAGGGCUAGAAAUGGCCACGCCCUGACAAUCCUGGAAGCAAUGUUAGAAACUCAGAUAUAUAAGCUAAUCACUAAAUGGCACCUUAAAUCUAGGUUAUAGUCACCACAGUGACUAUAGGCAUCUUUGCCUCCCACCCCAGUGAAAUUUGUUAUUAUUCAUUUCUAUACUGCUUUAUAUUUCAAAGAAAAAACCUCAGCAGUUUACAACACACUAAAACAUCAAAUAAAAAAUCAAGAAUAAAACAAAUUCAAGUUUCAAGGAAAAUAUUUCAGAUCCUUUUGUUUUCCCCGUAUUUAUUCACUGACUUAAUUUAUAUAGCUGCCCCAGAGCAAAAGUGCUGUAGGAAGCCAUGGUAGUGUAGUGGUUAGAGUGUCGGACUAGGACCUGGGAGGUCAGGGUUCAAAUCCCCACUCAGUCAUGAAGCUCACUAGGUGACCUUGGACCAGUCAUAGCUUCUUAAUCUACAUCACAGGGUCAUUGUAGGAAUUCACUAGGGGUGGGUGAACCUUGUACUACUUCGGGGGGAAAGGUGGAGUGUAAAUGCAAUAAAUAAGCUCUUCUGCUUACCUGCUUAAGAAAGGUGAAGAGCCAUCCUGAUGGGAGAUGUCAGUCGCCAACCUGGCAUCCUGAGAUUUCCACAGUUGCAAUUGGACACAUGCCAGUCGCAAAACACCUAGGGAAUUUCAAACAUUGCCUGAAGGGCACGUGUGUGGAGACAGGAAACGGUUGGCCAUAUUUGCUAAUGCCUUGAAAGCUGCUUCUACUGAGCAGCAUUGCCCAAUGGUUAGCACCCUGCUUAGAUGUUUUCCCAUCCCCAUAUCUAGCAGAAUAAUUGUAGGCUCAUGUUCUUAAUUUGCAGAGCCCUUCCAGUGGUAGAGUUCAGUCUUACUUGUCUCAGAACUUGGGUCACCUUGGCAGGGAAUUUUGGGAUUUUAACAAGUACAGCUUCCUAUUUUCAAAAAAGGGUGACAAGCACAGUUCCACAGGGCCCUAUAAUAUGCAUAAACAAUAACAUAGGUUUGCUUAAUUUUUAUAAUAUUUGAAUCUUUUUUUUAACCACACACAGUUCAUACAUUUCAAAUACGCUUAACUCUCUAGAGCGCAGAAUCUCAUUUCUCCCUUUAGCGCUUUUGUGCUGCUAAACUGUUGGCCUUUCUGGCACUUUGUUGCCCCAAGACCAGGCAUGUCCAAAGUCUGUUUCAGGGACCUAAUCUGGCCUGUGUGGCAGUUUAUUUCCUGGGGUAAAAUCCUUAAAAAAAUCUCAACAGCUUUAAUCAUAAAAAAGGAUCAACAAUUUCAACCCUAAAAAAAGCUCAACAACUUCAAUCCUAAAAAAAGGUUGGUUUCACUUCAUCAGUUCUGGCCCUCUUUGAAAAAAGUUUGGACACCACUGACUCUUAUUUUGUAGGGUCACCAAAGUGAAGCCACCCUUUUAGCUGAAGCCUCUCUGUUCCUUUUCAGGUAUCACAGCUGGAUGAAUGGGCAGCCCAGAUGAACGCGGAGUUUGAAGAAGCAGAGAGAUUUGACCUCCUUGUGGAAUAAAGGCUCCUCUUUCACUGGAGCGCUGCCUGUCUGCUCCUUGAGUGCUCUUUGUUCACAGAUUUUGGGCUUGUCCUGUGGAGCUCUUCCGGUUCUCCAAACCCAGAAAGCAGUACAUCUCUUUGCUGCCGGGUGGACUUGGUGGCAAAUUGCAAACUGGAUAAUGAUGUUGUACAGGUCCAGCUGCUGGGUGAUGACUUUCCCUUGAGUUCUGACACUGGCGGAGGCAAGGACGACAGCUUUUGGCUGCAUCCCAUGUAAUGCUUGCUAAAUAGCCUGUCUUGUGCAUUUGAAACAUCACAUCUGCAUGAUCUGCCUAUGUUUAUUCUGUUUUCAUUCUGUAUUUUUAAAAGGCUGUUUAUCCUUUUCUUCAUAGGUUGGCAGGUAAAUAAUAAUUACUUGGACUAUUCAAAAUGUGCUAAGGUAUCAUUGCACCACCAGAACAUUGCUGUAUUUUUAAAUUCAGUGGGUUUUUCUAAAAAACAUAUAUAUUCUGUGUUGGCUUUCUAGACUCUAGAUAUUUGUAAUUCCUACUUUGGAGCAUAGAGUGAAAUACCAACUCUUCUUGAUUUUUAGGGGCGAUACAUUUUAUUACUAUUUUUUUUGCAGUGAAAUGUCACCAACAGAGUGACAUUAAUCCAUGGUUGGUAAUUCUUAUCAUGUACUUGUUAAUGGUGAGGUGGGGUGGUUGCCUGAGGCUCUUUCACUGGUUUUCUCUGGCUGUGUUUCUGUUUCUCAGUGCACUUGUUUAAGAGUAAGUACAGAAGGAUUAAUGGGCAUUCCCUCACUUCAUGCUGACAUUUCCCUGUUGGAAAAAGAACUCCCCCAUGUACACCUGCUCCAUUGGUUGGUUUGGAGAGUUUCUUCAUGGUGACGCAGUGUGUUGUAUAAGCUAGCAGAAAUGUCAAAAAGCACAAAUUACUGGGAGGGUUGGGCAGUGAGGGAAGCGUGCCGUGUUUGGGUUCAAAACAUUUUAUAGCAAUAAUAUGUUUAAUAAAAAAAAAAUACUUUCAUGUUC